CUUCAGUUCACUUGGUAUAAAACACUGUAAUUCUUUCUUUUUAAUUAUUCUCAAGUUAAAUCCCGAGAAAGAAACAUUUCAAAAUGGUCUUCAAAGCUGUACUUUUCGUCUGCGCUCAAGCCCUUUUGAUGGAGUGCAUCUCCGGACAGUGCAUCGGCGCCGGCUGGGGCGCUGCGCCUUACGCCGGCACUUGGGCAGGCGCUCCCUUCGGCGCGGCCGGUCUCUGCGGCGCUGAAAUGCUCGCUACUCCCGCUUUCUCCGGCGGCGCUCUCCCAGUGGCCAGCGCCUCCGCUAUCCCACCCAACGGAGUUUCCGUGCUGUCUGAGAACGCUUAUUGCGGAGAGCUCGCCGUCCGCGGCGCUCUGCCGUUCUUGGGAACUGUGGGUCUGGAGGGCGCCCUGCCCACUGCUGGUGCCGGUGCGGUCGCGUAUGGUUGCGGCAACGGAGAGGUCGCUAUGUUGAGCGAGGACAUUGGUGCUGCUGGUAUCGCCGGUGCCGCUAUCGGCCCCUUCGGUAAUGGUUACGGUUACGGCUACAACGGUCUGGCUGGAGCCGCCAUUGGCACCUCGGGCUGCGCCUGUGGACGUGCUGGUUUCUACUGAGAAGUCUUCAUAAAAAUGUUUCACAAACUGAACAAUAAACUGCAUAGAAGCAAU